AUGGUCCACUUUUUUCUGUGCUUUGUUCUGUUUGUAUGUGAACUAUUCGUUCGGAAAAUAUACGCCGAAGUGUUGUGGUUCGCACCGUUCAUCAUAAGUAGUUGGGUCUUGAUGCAGUACACACUUUUAUUGAUUAUUAUUUCUCAACUGUUUGAAAGUAUUAAUGCCACAAUUCUUAAAUUUAGGGAUCUAAAUCGUUACCAAACAAUUAAUUCAAAAGUUUUACGCCAAGAAUUCGAUGUUAAGGACAUUUAUUGCAUUAAUAAUGCGAUCAUGCAAUUGUGUGACGUUUGCAAUCAGAUCGCGGACUUUUAUGCGAUCCCCACAUUACUGAUCAUUGUUUAUUUUAUUACAACAACUACGUACAGUAUAUAUUAUGUGAUUUUGUCGGUAUUUUUGUUAAAGGAGUCAGAUUUUAUGAUACUUUCAACGGUGAUUGGCAUAUGGACUUUCAUUACAGUCGUUGAUAUGGUGAUUGUUACUUUAAAUGUCACCAGAAUCACUCGAGGAUUUUCAAAAACUCCGCAUCAUAUUUGUUCGCUUCUUCAUCGAUACUCAAUGAAUUUUUCCAUCAGAGAAGCACUAUUGGACCUUUUACGAGAUAUAUCACACAGGGAUGUAAAAUUUACUACUUACGGAGUGAUCACACUCGAUGGAUCUCUUUUACAAACGAUUUUUGGAACCAUGGUUACUUAUCUAAUUAUUCUUGUCCAGUUUCAUGAUUAACAUAAUAAUAUGGUACCAUAAAAUCUCUUAAGACACCA